AUGGUGGUAAGAUCACUCGAUGUGAAUAAAGAUCCCUUCCGCCCUAGAGAGAAGAAUGAAGAAGUUCUUGGUCCUGAAGUACCAUACUUAAGUGCUAUAGGGGCAUUAAUGUACCUUGCUAGUCAUACAAGACCUGAUAUAUCAUUUGCAGUGAAUCUAUUGGCAAGGUUUAGUUCAUGCCCAACUCAUGAUGGAUACAUGUCUGAUCCCCACAAUGCUAGAUCACAAACAAGAUAUGUGUUUACUUGUGGUGGAACUGCUAUCUCUUGGCGUUCGAUGAAGCAAACAAUUGCAGCUACUUCUUCUAACCACGCAGAGAUUUUAGCCAUUCAUGAAGCUAGUCGCGAGUGUGUAUGA